GCUGGUGCUUCUUGCCUUCUUCUAUAAAUGUUUCUGAAACCUCUCAGGCUAAAAUACAAGCUCGUCUCACUCUUCAUCAUCUUCUUCUUCUUGUUCUCAUCUUGUUAUCUUUAUCUUCCCAUGCCCUCCACAAAUCUGUGAUUUUGAGCGAAGUUACAUGUCUGACCUCAUCACGUGGUUUGCUACGCAGCCUGUUUAAUUUUUUACUCCAGCCUGCACCCUGAAGCUUAGUACUAGCUUGCCUUUUGUAUUGCGAAAAAGAAAAGAAGAAGGGAAAUUUGUAAGUUGUUCUCCUCCGAGGUUUGAAACGAAGCAAAAAGCUCUCACCUUCGAUAGAUUUCUCGGGUUCUACUUUAUUGGUUCUGUGCUUUCUGAGAAUCUCGAGGACAAACAAACAUGGCGGCCGACAACAAUGAUAAGAACGGUUCAAGACAGCCGUUGUUGAAGAAUCGCUACCAUGAGAACUGCCCAGGAUGUAAAGUGGAUCAAGACAAGGAAAUGCAUCGAGGCUUACCGGUAAAGCAGCUUCUCAACGUAUGGAUGGUGACUCUAUGCACCGCACUGCCUGUGUCAUGUCUCUUCCCAUUUCUUUAUUUCAUGGUAAGAGAUUUUGGUGUUGCAAAAACGGAGGCAGAUGUCAGUUCCUAUGCUGGUUAUGUGGGAUCUUCAUUCAUGUUUGGCAGAGCUUUAACAUCAAUUCCAUGGGGAAUGUUUGCUGAUCGGUAUGGUCGAAAAAAUGCUAUUGUUAUAGGUCUUGUGGCAGUUAUUGUGUUUAACACACUAUUUGGCCUUAGCACAAGUUAUUGGAUGGCUGUUAGCACAAGAUUUCUUCUUGGAAUCUUAAAUGGUUCGCUUGGACCAAUAAAGGCUUAUGCUACUGAGCUUUUUAGAGAAGAACACCAAGCUUUAGGACUCUCAACUUUUAGUUCAGCUUGGGGCAUAGCUUUAGUCAUUGGCCCAGCACUGGGAGGCUAUUUGGCUGAGCCAGUAGAGAAAUAUCCACAUGUAUUUCCAAAAGGUUCCUUAUUUGAUAAGUUUCCAUACUUCUUGCCCUGCUUUAUAAUAUCAGUCUUUGCACUUGCUGUACUGGUUGCAUGUAUCUGGCUUCCGGAAACGUUGCAUAACCACAAUGUUGGUAAUGAGUUCACUGACGAUGCAGAAGCCUUGGAAAAAGGAAUCACAGGAAAGACAGUUCAGAAAACUGAAAACCUCCUUCUGAAUUGGCCUUUGAUGUCAUCCAUUAUUGUUUAUUGCAUUUUCUCACUGCAUGAUAUGGCUUAUACAGAGGUUUUCUCUUUAUGGGCCGUCAGUCCUCUAAAGCUAGGGGGUUUGAACUAUUCAACCGAUGAUGUUGGUAAUGUUCUUUCAAUAUCAGGUUUUAGUCUGUUGCUCUACCAAAUCUUCCUUUACCCAGCUGUGCAGAAAGUUUGUGGACCUGUGAGACUCACUCACAUUUCAGCGGCUAUAUCCAUACCUCUCCUACAAAUGUAUCCUUUCAUAGCAUUGUUGCCUGGCUUUGCAAUGAACCUAUUGAUAACUAUUGCCUCUGUCCUUAAGUUUUGUCUCUCUGCAACCAUUAUUACUGGUUUCUUUAUCCUGCAAAACAGAGCAGUGGAACAACACCAAAGAGGAGCUGCUAAUGGUAUUGCUAUGACUGGCAUGUCAAUUUCGAAAGCUGUUGGCCCUGCUGGAGGUGGUGCAGUAUUAACUUGGUCCCAAAAGCGGGUAAAUGCUUCUUUCCUCCCAGGUUCUCAUAUGGCAUUUUUUGUGCUGAACCUAGUAGAAGCACUUGGAGCGGCUAUGAUGUUCAAACCCUUCCUGGCUGAGAAGGAGGAAACAGCAUCAGAGCAGUUAGAAUGAUUUCAAUAACAUGCAUUUUAAGCUCGUAGAUUGAUUAAAGCAAUCAUCAUCAGACUUUUUUUUUCCAAGUCUGAAGGGGUAUCAGCAGAUAAUAACACGCUGUUAAUGAAGUCUGAGGGGAUGAAAA